AUGUUUGGACAGACAGGGUUUGGGGUAGGUUCCUCAAGUAGUAAACCAUUUGGCACUGCCUUCUCAUCUGGCCAAAAUAAUGCUAACCCAUUCACAAGCAAUCCUUCUUCUACAGGUACAAGCGCAUUUGGUAAGCCAAAUUUUAGUUCAGGAAAUUCUAUGGUAAAUCCAUUCACCUCCAAUACUUCAAAUAAUCAAGGUAUAAAUGCAACUAAUGCUUUUGGAAAAUCCGCAUUUUCUGCAGGACCAAAUUCAUUUGGUAUGAGCAAUACCUCAAAUUCAACUGCAUUUGGCAGUACAAAUAAUUCAAAUACCUUCAACAAUAAAGGAAUUAACAGUUCAUCAACAUUUGCAGCAAAUGGAAGUUUUGGCAACCAAGGAUUUGGUUCAGGAACUGGCGUGAGCCCCUUCUCCUCUGUGCAAACUUCGGGAGGAUCAAAUAACAAUACACAAUCAGCAUUUGGGAAACCAAAUUUUGGGAAUUCCGGCAAUCAAUCUGCCUUUGGAUCUGCUAAUGCUACGUCCACCUUUGGAUCCUCUAAUACUGCCUCUGCUUUUGGGUCCUCUAAUGCAACAGCCACAUUUGGAGCCUCACAACAAACAAAUAGCAAUAAUACUCAAUCUACAUUUGGCAGCACGAACAGCUCAAAUGGAUUUGGAAAAAUAAAUUCUACGUUUGGAAGUUCUAAUGGUAAUAAUAAUUCGAUGUUCGGAAAUUCUAAUAACAAUAACAAUAAUAAUAGCAUUUCUGCAUUUGGGAAACCACAGUUUGGAUCAUCCGGUAACCAAUCAGCUUUUAGCUCUCCUUUUAAUAAUAUACAAAAUAAUAAUAACUCUAAUUCUAAUAGCUUUACAAAUAAUUCCUUAACAAAUAAUACCACAGGUAGUGCAUUUGGAAGUAAUCUCUCUACGGGGAAGAAUAAUUUUGGUGAUAAUCCUUCUCCUUUUGGAACUUCCAACAAUGCCACUACAUCAGCAUUUGGUACUUCUUCUAACCAAUCGGCAGCUUCACCAUUUGACACUUUAAAUAAACAAACUACUUCAGCUUUUGGAAGCUCAUCAGUUACAAACAACAAUUUUAAUAAUCUAUCCACUAACUCCCAAACUACAUCAAGUGAUUCUCCUUUCAGUAAUACGCUUGCUAAUACAACAAAAUCUGCCUUUGGUGCUAGUACAAGCCCAUUUAGUAAUACACAAUCAAAUAAUCAAAUUUCUGCGUUUGGCUCUAAUCAAAUCAAUAAUUCGGGAUCAUCUUUCGGUUCACAGAAUGUCGCAUCAGCUUCUCAAUCUAACAAUGUAUCAUCAUCAUUUGGAGGUGUUCAACCUAGUCCAUUCACUGCCGCAGAACCAACAAUGACAAAUUUUGGUGCUGCGACAUUUGGUUCCAAACAAGUUGAACAACAAUCAACUGUUGGGAAUGCAUUGGGCUUCGGAAAUAUGUCAUUAGCUAAUGUAGGCGCAUCCACAUUUUAUCAAGGUGUUCCACCCAAAAUAGAUGAACAAACUGAUUCCAACGAUAUUCCACGAGAGAUAAUAGAUAUUUUUAAGAGCGAAAAAUUCAACUUGGGUUUUGUUCCUGACAUUCCUCCUUCAACUGCUCUGUUAGCCUAA